AUGGAGGCAGAGCCCGUAGGCCAGAAGCCCCCUCGGAAGAGACGGGGCAGGGUCAGUGCCGAGGCCCGCGCCAGCCGCUCGCCUCCGGCGGACAGCACUCCCGGUGUGGCCGCCUCCUGCAGCCGGUACCCUCUCAGACGAGGCAGCUCUUUCAUUUUUCUGACUCCAGGACCACAUUGGGACUUCACCCUGAAGAGGAAGCGCCGAGAGAAAGACGAUGAUGCAGUCAGUAUUUGCAGCCUUGACUUCAAGGAGCCAAGCAAUAAACGGGUUCGGCCUUUAGCACGGGUCACAUCCCUGGCGAACUUGAUCUCUCCUGUAAGAAAUGGUGCAGUUCGGCGUUUUGGGCAGACAAUACAGUCGUUUGCCCUUCGCAGCGACAGCAAGUCUCCAGGCUGUGCCCAGAAGUCAUGUAGCAGAUCUGCUGCUCCUACUCCUCCUAAAAGAAGAAACAGCGUGCUUUGGUCUGAGAUGUUAGAUGUCAACAUGAAAGAGUCCCUCAGCACCAAAGAAAUUAAACGCCAGGAGGCAAUAUAUGAAAUGUCCAGGGGAGAGCAGGACCUAAUCGAAGACCUGAAGCUGGCCAGAAAGGCUUAUCACGAUCCCAUGCUGAAACUCUCUAUCAUGUCUGAGGAGGAACUCACCCACAUAUUUGGGGACUUGGAUUCUUACAUUCCUCUGCAUGAAGACUUGUUGGCAAGUUUAGGAGAAGCAACCAAACCAGAUGGAACAGUGGAGCAGAUUGGGCCCAUUCUUGUCAAGUGGUUACCAAGGCUCCAUGCCUACAAAGGUUACUGUAGCAAUCAGCUGGCAGCCAAAGCCCUUCUGGAUCAGAAGAAGCAGGACCGGAGAGUGCAGGACUUCCUCCAGCGCUGCCUCGAGUCUCCUUUCAGCCGCAAGCUUGACCUUUGGAGCUUCUUGGACAUUCCUCGAAGCCGGCUGGUCAAAUACCCUCUGCUCCUAAAAGAGAUCCUGAGGCACACUCCCAAAGACCAUCCUGAUAUCCAGAUCCUGGAAGAAGCCAUAUCUAUAAUCCAAGGAGUCCUCUCUGACAUCAACCUGAAGAAGGGGGAGUCAGAGUGCCAGUACUACAUUGACAAGCUGGAGUACCUGGAUGAGAAGCAGAAGGACCCAAGGAUUGAAGGCAGCAAAGCUUUACUGUGCCACGGGGAGCUGAAGAAUAAAAAUGGACAUAAACUCUACGUCUUCCUCUUCCAAGACAUCCUGGUUUUGACCCGACCGGUCACUCGCAACGAGCGUCAGGUCUACCAAGUGUACAGACAGCCCAUCCCCGUCCAGGAGCUGCUCCUCGAAGACCUGCAGGACGGCGAUGUGAAAAUGGGAGGUUCCUUCCGAGGAGCUUUUGGCAAUUCUGACAAAGCUAAAAAUAUCUUCCGAGUUCGUUUCCAAGACCCUUCCCUUGGCCAAUCCCACACGCUUCAAGCCAACGACGUCUUCCACAAGCAGCAAUGGGUGAAUUGCAUCCGAAUGGCCAUCGCUCCCUUCCAGCGAACUGCUGCUGCUGCCACCACGGAGCUGAAGGAGCUACCAGAGCUCAGCGAGGAAGCUGAGGAGAACAACCCCUCGGUGCCCAACAUCCAAGCCCAAAAGCGACAAUCGACCGCGUCCGGCGUCACCGAGAUGGAGUUGGAUGAGAGCACGUCCGAGUGCGGCUCCGUCUUGGACUUGGAAGAAACCAAAGGGGCAAAAACACACCGAACGUCGUCCGGGCACAGAAGAAGCAGGGAGAAGCAGUUAAGUGGCAAGAGGAAAGAAACCCUGGUGUGAAAAAAAAACCACCCAAACAAAACAAAAAAGGAGCCCAGACUGUUUAUUUAUAAAUAACGUGUACAUUUUUUCUUGUAAUGUGAGCAUGAUCGGGUUCACUCUACUGAACAGAAUAUUUUUUUGUUUGUUUGUUUG